GUGCAGCACGGUCUCCCGGGAGACCGGGAAAGCCGUUUCGCACCCGGCGGAGGCGAGGUCUAGAUGUCAUUUUACUUCUGUGCUCCCUCAGUAUAUUUUGGGAAAUGGAUCGUCAUAUUCCCAUGCAUGCGUUACCUGAAGAAAUCCAAAAGAUGUCCCCCGAAGAAAAAGUUUGUAAGUACUGUGGAGUCAGCUAUCUAAUACUUCAUGAGUUUAAAGCUAUGGAAGAAAAAGUGAAAGCGAUGGAAAAAGAGAUGAAAUUUUAUCAAGGAAGUAUAGAACGUGAAAAGAGACUUCAAGAAAAGCUACAGUCUCUUAGCCAAGAUUUUGAACAGUACAAAAUUGACAAUGAAUCCAAAACAGAAAGAAUCCAAGAUGUAAGCAUGCAGUUAAAAAGUCAACAAAAUGAAUUUCAGAGAGUGCAGAAAGAAUUGAGUCAUUUGCAACAUGAAUUAAAAAUUAAACAGAGACAAUCAGAAGUCUUCAGCCAAAGAUUGACGGAAUACAAAUAUUUCUGGAAUAAGACUCUUUCAUUACUUACUUUUACUAAAAGGGAGCUAACCAGUAUUAAAAAUGAAGUAUAUGAUCAUUUUCAAAACUGGACUUCACUGAAAGGAGAAGUUUUUCUUCAAAUUAAAUCCAUACGUGAAACAGCCUUGACAGAAAUAGAGAUACUAAAUAAAAGCUUGACAGUGUCCCAAAGAAAUAAGGUAUGCCUUGAAGAGGAAAUGAAAAGCCUGAAGUUGUUGUCAGAUGCAGCCAUACUGAGGUCUCAGCAGAUUCAGACAUCCAAACAACAGGAAGUAAACCUGCAAACCAGAUGCCAUGACUUGCAAAGAGAAGUACUAGAUUUGCAGUGUCAAGUCGAGGCACUUGGGCUAAAACUUCAGAACGCAGUGACCGAGCUGGACAACUAUAAAAAAAAGCUCAUGAAUAAAUCUAAUGAAGCUGCUGACUGUCAAAGAGAACUUAGAAAACUGAAAUUUGAAUCCAUUAUUUUUGAGUCACGGCACACCAGAUUGCUUAAAGAAAAAGAAGACUCUUUAAUGGCUUGUCAACAAAUAUAUAAAACUUUACAGGAAGAACUGACUGCAAAAAAAAGGCAAGAAGAAGACAUAAUAAAAAGAAUUAACCUUGCAGAAAAUGAACUAGAAACAACCAAAGCUCUUCUGAAUCAGACACAAGAAGAGGCUGAAACACUAAAAAGUGAAAGGGAAUUGAUGCUGAUUUCACAUCAGAAAAGCAUCGAGCAGCUGCAGGAAACCCUUAGACAGAAGCUGCUGGAUGAUGGUAACUGGAGGGAGAAGAUUGAAGCUGAACUCGCCAAGGAAAGAGCCCAACAUUUAGUUGAAUUUGAGGAGCAAGCUCUUCUCUUUAAGGAAGAAGCUAAACUGGAACUUGAUAUUGAAAAGGAAAAACACCAAGAAAUAAUCCAAAAAUAUAAGAAAGAACAAGAGGAACUACAAAUGAAGAUUUCUGACUUAAUUGCGGGCGCUACUAGAGAUCUAAGGCUGGAAGUAGCCACUCUUGAAAAAAAACUCCAUGAAUCCCGUGUCCAAUAUGCUGAAGAAUCUGAGUCAAAAGAGAAGGAAAUUGAAAACCUCAAAAAUUUGGUUGCAGAAUUUGAAUGUCGCCUGAAGAAGGAAAUUGACAAUAGUGAUUCUGUUUCAGAUGACUUGAAGAAGGAAAUGAAACAGAAGUCAGAUGAACUGGAAAGAGUAACGCUGGCACGAACACAACUGCUGCAGCAAUUUAACCAGGCCCAGGAAGAGAAAACUUUUCUUCAGGAAACAGUGCGUAGAGAGUGUGAAGAACGCUUUGAACUGACGGAGGCUUUGAGUCAAGCCAGAGAACAGCUCCUGGAGCUCCAGAAGCUCAGUGGAAGUUUCCAGUUGUCACCGUGUUCCUUCAGCCAGGGCAGCCUAACCUCCCCUGCUGCUGCGGUCACUCAUCACAGAGAGAGAAGCCUUUUGAGACUGAACCCUGACAAGGGAAUCAAGAUCCCCAGCCUGCACGGAGUGUCCAAACCCACGACUUCCCCCGCCUCAGCUCAGCCCAAGAGGGUCCGCAGCUCAGCCUUGCCCAAUCUCCCCCAGCCACGUCCUCCCAAGGGCCGGGCAUCUUCGGUAAGUGAGACCAGACAAAGGCUGGCCGCCCUUCUGCGGAGGAGACCAAGUCCGCAGUGACUGAUCCCGAAUUGGGAGCAGCUCCACACAGAGUGCCUGCUCUUUGCCACAGUGCCGGAGCCUCACUGCAACUGGGGAUGACAGAGGUCAAAUGAGCAUCACAGACUAACAAUGCAUGUCCGUAGAUAUCUGUAACAAGAGAAUUGAAAACGCUAGGAAAUUGUGAAGCCACAUUUUCCAAUAGGCCUAUGACAUGGCAACAGAUAAUGAAGCCAUUGGUAUCCCAGAAGGCUAAUUUCUACGUACUGUAUGUUUAGACAUGCUCUAUGAACAUGCCCCUUUAGAGAUCAUAGGUAAAUUGUUCACCCACAGCAUCUUUUCUGUUUCUU